AUGGUUAGUGUCGAUCUAGAGAAACAAAUUGAAGAUCAAGCGGCAGAAGUUCGUCGUUUAAAGUCCGAUAAAUCAACAUCCGAGGUUUUUUAAAAUUUAGAAAAUAUAUCACAAUUUAUUAACUAUCCAGGAUGCCAAGAAGGAUGCCAUUCAGAAGCUUCUAGAGCUGAAGCUUACUUUCAAAGAGCAAAAUGGAAAAGAAUACGUUUCGGCUUCGGCUCCAGCGCCACGACAGCAAAAAGCGCCGAAAGAAAAAAAAACAGAAAUCAAAAAGGAACCAGUAAAGGAAGACAAAAAAGCGAAAGACGGCAAGAAACAGACCAAGCUCGGCAUCGAAUUCGCGAAGGCUGAAAAUUACUCCGAGUGGUACAGCCAGGUUCGACAGAAAGGAUGUUAAUAAUUGGAAUUUUUUUCAGGUUAUCACAAAAGCUGAAAUGAUUGAAUACUACGAUGUUUCUGGAUGCUAUGUCUUGCGUCCGUGGUCUUAUGCCAUCUGGGAGUCUAUCCAGGUUCCAGAAUUUUUCGGAGUAUUUUGAAUUUUCAUUUAAGGAAUGGUUCGACACAGGCAUCAAAAAACUUGGCGUUAAAAAUUGUUACUUCCCCAUGUUUGUGAGUAAUGCCGCUUUGGAGAGAGAAAAGACUCACAUUGCAGAUUUCGCUCCCGAGGUAUGUUCUACUCAACGUUUUAAUUUUAUUGGAGAAUCAUUAAGUCUGUGAAAAUUAUUUUUUUCCAUUUACGAUUGGUCAAGCUUGGAUGAGCUUGCAUUAGAAUUAAUGCAAAGUUAGCAUUUUUUUAAAUAAAUUUUUUUCUUCAAGUUUAAACCUUUUUUUAAAUUCUAGUUACGUUUAAAAUAUCCAUCAUUUUUUUCACAAAUGUCGAAAUUUUGAGCCCAACCAUUUGGAGAAUUAAUAAUGCCAUUUAAGUCUAAUUUUUUUAUCUACUUUUUCCGACUCAUUUCUUCAGAUUAGACGAUUUUUUUGGUCUUUCAGGCGCAUACUCGUUUCCAUUGAAAAUUGAAACACUCGUAGCCAUUAUAAUGACUAAAAAAUACUAUUUUUAACCAAUUAAUUUGACAAAUUUCUUUCUUUUUCUUGUGUCGCCAUUUUAUGAAGGUUGAGAAUUUCUGGUCUCUCAUAUAGAACAUUUUUUUACCUGGAUCGUAUUCUGGUUUGAUAGUUUUUUGUCACAUGACGUUCUAUUGAGGUGGCAUGGGUCACUCGUGCGGGAUCUUCGGAAAUGGCUGAACCAAUCGCUAUUCGACCAACCUCCGAGACGGUCAUGUACCCUUCCUACAAGAAAUGGGUCCAGUCUCAUCGGGAUUUGCCUAUAAAGCUCAACCAGUGGUGCAAUGUCGUGGUGAGUACUAUUCCUUCAGUAGAACAAAAAAGUUUCGAAAAUCAUAUUUAUUAAUUCACUUGGAUUUUUCAUGUAAAGAGACGUUAUCGAUUUGCUUCUAUAAAUCGUGAAGUAGGAACUGAAAAGAACAAGGCUUGUAAAAUUUUCUCGUAGGUUUUUUUUUCGUGGGAAUCACAGCAAAAAAUCACUUGCAAAAAUAGAGUUUAUCAAAAUCAUGCAGGAUUGUGAACUUUUUGGAAUCUGUAUCGUUUUUUUUUUUUGAUUUUCCUGAGGAGUUUCAACAUUUUUUUUUUUUUUUUGUGAUUGUUCCUUUUCAGCGAUGGGAAUUCAAACACCCGACUCCGUUCCUGAGAACACGCGAGUUUCUCUGGCAAGAAGGUCACACGGCUUUCGCCGGCGCCAAAGAGGCCGAGGAAGAAGUUUUCCAAAUUUUGGACCUUUACGCUGGUGUUUACACCGACCUGCUCGCCAUUCCAGUUGUCAAAGGACGAAAAAGCGAGAAAGUGUGCAACGAUUGAACAUUCGAUUUUGAGCCCCCAACUCAGGAAAAGUUUGCCGGUGGCGAUUUCACGACAACCGUUGAAGCCUACGUCCCAUGUAAUGGUCGUGGAAUCCAGGGCGCCACUUCUCACCAUCUGGGACAGAAUUUCUCCAAGAUGUUCGACAUCUCUUUUGAGGAUCCUUCCAACGGACAAAAGGUACAUUUCGUGCGUUUAAUUUGCAAACUCAGUGUAAUUUAUGGAAAAUUUCUAGUUGAAUAAUUUUCUUUAGGUCACACGCCGCGUUUAUUUCAAUUUCCAGUGUUAUUAUUCGAAAAUUUUUCUAUUAACCGUUGAAAUUGAGCUGGAAACUCGAAAUAAUAAGAGCGCAGGAGCGGAGUUAGAAAAAUAUAUAAACAACAAAAAAAUUCGUUAUAACUUUCACUUUGGAACUUUUUGAAAAUCGGCCGGAUUGUUCUGCAAUGUACCAGAUGAUGUCCUGCGCAAUUUGUUACUUUUCGAGAAAGAAUUGUUCAAAGUCUCAAGACCUUAAUCUCGCACAUUAGAGAGUGCACUGGCCGCUUUUGAAAUAUCCUAUCCUCAAAAUAACAUGACCUCUUCUGUAAAAUGAUAAAAUAUGUCUUCACCCAUAUUCGUUUUAUGCAGACAUUUGCUUGGCAAAAUUCUUGGGGUCUCUCAACUCGAACUAUCGGCGCGAUGGUCAUGAUUCACGGCGAUGACAACGGACUGGUUCUGCCUCCGCGUGUCGCUGCCAUCCAGGCGAUAGUCGUGCCGGUCGGUAUUACCGCCCAAACGACCGACGAGCAACGCAAGGAGCUGACGUCGACAGCGACAAAGCUCACUGAACAGCUCCUCGAAAGCGACGUUCGGGCGGAGUCUGAUCUCAGGUAGCCAUUUGCACCACUUGUUGGGAAGACGAUUGAGUCAUAGAGAUAACUACUCACCCGGAUGGAAAUUCAAUCACUGGGAGCUUAAAGGAGUUCCUAUUCGUUUGGAGGUACGUCUACAGAUGAAUAAACUUUUCCAUUACCACUUAAGGUCGGUCCCAAAGAUUUGGCUGCAAAUCAAGUGACAGCUGUGGUGCGGUUCAGCAGCGAGAAAAGGGCGCUGUCUUUGGAUGAAAGUCUUCCGAAGUCUGUCAAAGGCCUUCUCGAUGAGAUCCACGCCGCAAUGUACAGAAAGUUCGUGAGCAGGCCAUUUUUUGUUUUAAAAAAAAUGGUUCUCAGGGUUUUGGAAGCUCGUGACGCUCAUAUGAAAGUGACGAAUGACUUGGAAGAAAUGAAGCGGCUGCUCGAUGAGAAGUUCAUCAUCUUGGCUCCGUUCUGCGGAAAGCCCGAAUGCGAGGAGGAGAUCAAGAAGUCGACGACUCGUGAAGAUGGAGAAGGUGCUCAGAUGGGAGCCAAGACUCUCUGUGUGCCUUUAGAACAACCGAAAGAAAAGCUUCCCUCCAGCUGCGUUCUUCCGGCUUGCAAGUCCUCUCCCCAGUUCUUUGCUCUUUUCGGUCGAAGUUAUUGA